AUAAUUAUUAGAAAACUUUCAGCUCAAAUAAUACAGAGAAAUUGGCUCACUUAUUUGGACAAAUCAUUAUUUCGACUUCUAAAACAUACAAUCUGUGCAGCGGAAUAUUUUGCAUCGUAUGAAAUACUGAAGAAAGUGAGUCCUUUAGAGGCCCAACUUGUCAAAGAUCCUAGCAUGAAGUAUAAAGUCAGAUUCAGAUUUAAUGGUGAAAAUUUUCCACCCUACAUAGUGUUUAAAAUUUUUCUUCAGACUGAUAGCUGUAAAUGCAAGUAUUUCAGCGGGAAAAACGUAUUAAUGGCAUCGAAUGAGGGAAUGUGUAGUGCUUACAAUAUGAUGGGGAAAAAGAAAUUUUAUCAGCAGAUUAUGGAAGAUGAACGUUAUUACCAGAAGUUUAAAGUAACUGAUCAAAAGGAUAUUGUCACCCAGAAAGAUUAUGUGCAAUACGACUCUCAUAGCCCAUUUUAUUUACAAAUGAAGCUGGCUUUCUUAAGAACAAGCAAUGAUAAAAGAGAAAACUGCUCAUCCUUGUCAAGAGUCUGUAGUUUAUAUCGUCCAUAUCAGCAGACAGCUGAUGUGAAACUAACCACUCGUUAUCCUAAACUGGCUCAAAUGAGAGUUGACAAAAUGAAAAAAGGUUAUGUAAAGGAUAAGGAAGCAAAGAUGUAUGCAAAGACUGUGCAAAAAACAGUCAAACCAAGUGAAAAACCAAUAGUAAUAGGGACGACAGUCUUCUCCACGCCAUCUUUUGAUAUUGUGAAAGUUGAAAGAUCCACUUCAGACGAAUCAGAACAAGAAGAAAAUAAGUUAUUUAAGUGGUAUCAAGACCUGAGUGUUCAUCGGAGUUCAUUAUUGUAA